CACCUCGCAAAUCUAGUAUCCAAUGCCAUAACUUGUUCCCUUUGUAUUCGCAAUGACCGAACUGCCACAAUUUAUCUACGACCAAUUACCCCCCGGCCAUAUCCGUUUACUUACGCCCACAUCUUCGUUAUCCAAAGAUGACCAAAGCUGGAGCCUACAGACUGUCAGCCUUGAGCAACCAGACCUUGCAUAUGAUGCACUAUCUUAUGUUUGGGGAUCACGAGCCGACUUAUUCCCAAUCACCUUAAAUGGGCGCAUCUCGUAUGUGCACCGCAAUCUACGUUCUGCACUUUCUUGCCUUGCUGAGCGAGGGAAUGCUCGACCUGUACUGCCAAUUUGGAUCGAUGCUAUCUGCAUCAACCAAGCGCACCACCAAGAAAAGAUGAUCCAAAUCCGGGAAAUGAACCGCAUUUAUCGACACGCAGCGAAGGUAUGGGUGUGGCUUGGCAUUUCUGAGCAUCCAGAGCGUAUCUCGGAGGCCAUGGAUUUGCUCGUUGUGAAGCUUGCCAAGGAAAAUCGGAUACUAGAUCUUGACAGCAUUCAUCCUCCACUAAGAUCAACGAUCUGCCACCUCAUGAUGAACGAUUGGUUCCGAAGACUUUGGGUCGUGCAAGAAGCGGCGUUGGCUCGAGAGAUCAGCUUUAUCAGUGGAGAUGUCGAGUUGCAAUGGUCAGACAUGAAGGAGGCGAUGGCUAACACAGAAAAAUAUAUCCUGAUGAACGAGCAAUGCUCAUCAACGACAUUCUACGCUCGGUCGUGGGCGCAAUUGUAUUGGAAUGACGCGGAGCUUCUUGGUGUUAGUCCUGCAUCCAUUUUGAUGAAUGUUGCGUCUCUUGUAGCAGAGACACAAGAAUGUACUUGGCCCGAGGAUCGUAUCUUUGGACUGUUGGGCUUGGUGGAUCAGGACGACUUGCUGGGCACUUCUCUUGAUACCGAAAUAGUUUAUACUUCCUAUCAAGAUCUGUUCACGCGCUUCAGCGCUUACGUACUCACGGAGUACCCAACUCAAAACGGAAUCGAAUGGUGGAGAUGGCUCAGUCUGGCCUUCGGACCUGAGAAAUGUGAGGGUCUUCCAUCUUGGGUCCCGGACCUUCACGCUAUCAGUAAGACGAUACAUUCAGGAGCCGACUUGGAAUUUAGAGUACCUUCUUAUCAAGCUGCCACUAGGUGGAACAACAAACCACGAGGCGGCCUGAAAAUUGGGCAGUUAGUACUCCGAGGUAGAAUCUUGGACGAGGUUGUUACUGUAUUUGAACCGAUACCCAUGGAUGGUGGAUCUUAUCUGGGUGGGUCUUCAGCUAGACAGAACGAGAUACUGAUGGCUGUGGCGAAAUGGGAGGAGAAAUUGGCUCAUGCCGUAAUGCAUAGUCUGAGUUUCGAGACGAGACAAGAAGAUUGUGUAGGUCUCAAUCGUGACAUUACCCUCGAUACGUACUGGCGUACAUUGAUCGGCAACAACGCAUCUGUGCAGGAUGAAGCGGUCAUGCAGGAUUGGUAUGAUGACUUCCGAGCCAUAGGCCGAAGCUUUAGGAAGAUCGACACUGCUUACGAAACUGAGAGAUCGUAUACGAGUCUACAACAUCCGGAGACGCACACGGCGGAAUCGCGUUGGCAAGAGGCCUCUAGCCAAAACAAGCGAUACAAGAACGCCUGUGACUUUUUAGUUCUCAUGAGCAUCCUUCACUAUAAGCAACUAUUCGUAACUAGGGCAGGACGACUUGGAUUCACGACGACAGGAGUGCGGCCAGGUGAUAUGCUCUCUGCAUUAAAUGGAUCACCCGUACUCCACGUUCAAAGACGCGUACCUACCGAAGAUAAUGCAGAGAUGAUGGCUUUCGAGUUCGUAGGAGGCGCAUACGUACACAGCCUGAUGAACGGAGAAUCGGAUGAUAUAAAUGCAAACGAAGAGGAUUUGAUAUUUGUGUAGUGUCAUCAAUGGUUUUGAGUGGGAAACUGCCAACGUGGCAAAGUUUCGAUGAAAAUGGGGGUGACAGAAAGAAGCGCAGGAACUUAAUGAGGUGCAUCACUUAGUCCACAAAAGCAUAUGAUAUGGUGGGUUGAUACGUAAUACCAGGGUUCGAAGUUCCUGCCAAAUUCCGAUUAAGAGUAA